GUGCUCGAGAAUCAGUUGCUUUGCGGCGUUCGGCACUUGAACAGCUCUUUGGCUUUUACACCGGCUUCACCCAGAAAGGGAUUGCACUUGGGAGUUGGACUUUUGAAAGUGAUUGCAUUUUGACCUGGAAGGCCGGCAGCUUUUCGCGCGGGGGGUUUCGUUCUUUUCGCGCUUAGUUUCGUGAGUUCGAAUCUCGGUGAAACAACAAAACACCAAGCGACUCCAGUGCGGUCGUAGUGCUACAAUUUCCGCGUUUUGUUGCAAAGGAUUCUUCCUUGGUGGGGUCGUGGAAUUUGUGUGAGAAAAGAGUGCUGGGGAAGGCUGUGGAUCGCCUUGGGAGUUUGUGGAAAAGUUGAAUUUAUUGUAUCGUGAAGUUCAAGGAAGUCACAGUGAUACAAGAAACGAAAUCUGCAAAUUGCGGUUCUUGAAUUUGAAGUGAUUGUGAAGAAAAUAAAAGUGUACUGGUGAAGAAAAGUUGUUGAUAACUAGGAAAAGCGCAGAAUUUCCUGCUGGGAGCCUGUUUAGUGGAGAAAAAUACGAAAAGGUUUGCAGAUUCCCAGACCCAGACAGCAAAUUUCUCAAACCCAAAUUGGUUGAUUGUGCAAUUCCUUUCGAAGCACCACCACCGGCCAGGCACUACUCUGGCUGGUGAAGAACAGCGAAACGGCUGGCAGACAGUGAUUCGAAGAAAGCACAACAAACCAGGAAUUUGUACAGCGGGGAGUUGUAGCCGGCGACGACGACGACGACGACGACUACGACAACCGCCGAAUCGUACUCUCUUCAUCAAAUUUCGCGCUAAUAUCCAAUUGCUCGCCACGCACGAACGCACCCCCAGCAUUAGUGUGUAGACCUAGAGCAUCGCCAGCCACUACUCAGCUGGUGUUGUUAUCUGUGCAAAUUCAUCUGUGGACCGGCACUUCGACGACCGGAGCCGUAUCUCUAUGUACAUCUGCCUUUAAGAUAGCGACCGAAUAUAGCGAAAGGUAGCGCCAGACGUCGUCGUCAUCGCACCGCACCGGGUCCGCAAUUGGUGUUUCUCUUUUGUUUCCCAAUUCGGGAGUUUUGUUUGAACAGUUCGCGUCCGCGAGGGGCUUUUUUUGGCAUCUCAUUCGACUAUAUCUGUAGAACUUUAAAGUCCGCUGUUGGGAAAGAGAGAGCAGAGGGGAACCGAAAAGUUCGGUAGCGGUGAAUCAACGGAUUCUUUAGUUAGCGCUGAGCAGAGGGAACAGAGAAGGAGACCGAAGUGAGGUGAUAACCAGAGCGGAAGAUAUUGAGCAAGAUUCUCCACCAGCCGGGACAGUAAACUUCGAACUUAAGAUCUUAUCCACGUGCUGAACCAUCAAUAGCGCACGCAACAGACUACCCAAAACGCCAAGGAAAACGCCGGUCUCAGCCGCAACGUAUCGCCUCGCAGUCUACACUCGCAAACUCCUUGCCUGCCUCUCCACGAAGCACACACUUCACCACAUCAUACCCGUCAUACCUCCUGAACCAGUUGUAUUGGUGGUGUUCAAAACGGAUCAGCACCGACACAACAACUCAAUCAGAACCAAUUAGAACUGGCGUUCUCAGCUGUAUUUGCUGAAUCAAAUAUUGCUGCUGCCGCAGUUGUGCACGGGGAGUAUUUUAAUUAAAAGUUUUUGCAUAUAGACGACCGAGGAACGGUGUGGUCUGAAACGAGAACAGCUAUCCAUCGUAUCCGCCCGCCACAAAUGCAAUCCUAGGAAAGACGAAAGCAAUCGAAUGAUAAGAAAAGAAUUGCAUUGAUGCAAUUGCAGAUUGUACUGCAUUUAAUCUUUAAUCAACUAUUCAGUCUGAACAAGCACACCGGCGUAAAGGAUUACAUUCAUAGCAAUGAUGAGUAUUCGAAGAAUAGCAAUAUCAGCCGCCUGCCUCCUGACGGUGCUCCUGACCGUCGCCACAGCACAAUCACAGCUAGAUUCGCGGCAACACCAACAGCACCAACAGCUAGAGCAAUACGAUGCGGACACCUCGCCACAGCACCCCACCGGUGAACACAUUUCCGGCCGCCGGUUCAAACGGAUGUACGCCAUGUGUCCGCCCGGGUUCUUCCGCAUUGGCAACGAGUGCUACUACAUUUCACCGAACAAGGAAAACUGGCUCGAUGCGAACUUUGAGUGCAAAGAUCGCAACAGCAAGCUGGCCGAACCGAUGAAGUUCGACGACAAGAACCUGCGGAAGUUUUUGCUCAAGUCUAAGGAGAAGAACUAUAUUUGGAUCGGCGGCAACUACAACUGGAGAACGAACAAGUGGCAGUGGGGCUACAACGGCAAGGAUAUCGUCUAUCAAUCGUUCAGUCAGAUGUUUCCAGGGAGCAGCCAGGAUCUGAAAUACCACUGUGCAGUGCUUAACCCUGACCUCAAAUACAGAUGGUCAGCUAAGCUAUGCACAGAAAAGUUAAACUUCAUCUGCCAGCACAAGAUGCCGCUCGUCAACGGGCACAGCCGUGCCAAGGUGUACACCCGGUGGAACGAAACCUUCCCGAACGCGUUGGCCAACGAGGUGGAGGUGGUGGUAGCGGACCAACCGCGCAGCAGUCAUCUGAAGGACUUCUACAGGACUUCUGGCAGCCCCAGGCUGAACCUUACCAAGUUGAACAGGUCAUGGAAAAAGUACAACCGAACCCAGCGAAUCAAAAGUUUCCGCAAUCGCAACCGAUCUCAGCCAAGGAACGAAUACAUCAGCAAUGAUAUCAUCCGUCGUCCAGUGGUAGAAUACGCUUCGGACCAUUCUGACAACUCCAUCAACGGUAACGGUAACGGAAACGGCUAUCGCAAUGGUAAUGGCGCUUUCAGUAGCGGCUUCAAUGUGGACAUCCAUCGUCAGAAACCCCAUAAGGAUCGCCGUCUGAACGAAGUAAACGGUGAAUAUAGGCAUCAUCGUCAUCGUUUGGUAACAAAGGCUCCGCCCACGACAACCACAGUGACUACUACAACCACUACGACCACUCCUGUGCCGGAAACUCUCCCAACGGAAGCUCUUCAAGUGGUCACUGAAAGCCACCAAUCACCACAACUCUCACAGGCGGAAAGGAAGUCCCGCCGUGAACGGAUCAACGAACGGCUUGCGCGACUUACGCCAGAGGAACGGGAUCAGUUCUUUACGAGACGCGGAUCAACUACUGAGAAAUAUCAGCACCCGAAUCAAGUCCAACAGCUGACCCGCGAUGAGAAGAAGGCACAGCGCGACAAGCUCCGGAAACGUCUGGCACAGCUGACGCCCGAAGAACGCGAAAUGUUCUUCGCAGAGCGCGCCAAGCGAAAACAGUCCAAGAAGCUGCGAUCCAAAAACGAAACCAUUCCGUAAGAACUCUGCCUAGCAGCUGCUCGACUCCGUUUCGCUCUGGGAGACGGAGGGAAGCGAACACUAAGCGAUAAAAUAUUGCCUCAACAACAAAGAGUCCUUCUUCCCAAGGGGCAGGAAGGAGAUUGCAGCAAAAGCCAGGGAUCCAAUCCCCUAAUCCCUUCUCUUGGUGACUCCACUCCAAGAUUGACCAAUCUAUUGGAAUGAAGAAAACACUUUAAAUAAAUAAAUGUAAUGCGGUUCCUAAGUCUAUAUCUCUGUACACUGUCCUGUCUGAUAAUCUAACCUCUUUCCGGUAAAAACAAACGAACAUAUCCUUCCUUCUUCUACUAGAAUAUAAGAAACUUAAGGAUUACAAACUUUUGGACUAUUUCUACUACGCGCUUCUGUAAUGCCAUUAAUUUAACUAAGUUCUCUUUCGAACAUAAAUACUACCGUUUAUGCAUAAGAAGAACAGAAAGAACUACUUGACAAUUACCUUUGAACCCAAAUAAACGAACUUUUUUGUUGUUAAAUUUCCAUUUUAGCUUAUACAUUACUACUAAAAGAAAAAAAUAUUUUGUAUUGAAUAAAAAAAAUCUAAAAAAAAACAAAACAAUGUCAACCAACAGUCAUUAUUUGUUAAGUUCAAGAGUAAUAUAACAAGUGAAGUGAAUUAAGAAUCAAUAUUAGAAGAAAAAAGUUUACAAAUUAACAGCACCAUCAGUAGAAUCAAAGGAGCAAUCUCGUUACACUUUAGUGAUUCAUCAAGCAAGCCAAUCCAUGUAGCUACCGAAAUCUGUUUCGUCGGUCAACAAUAAGCACCCAGUGAGAACAAAUGCAAGAAACUUAUUGAAUUAUAGGAAAAAAAAAACUCAAACGAGAACAUUAACAAUUUGCCAUAUUAACAUUAAGUUUUAAACUAAAUAUAUGAGCAAACACGAACCGAGAUGGAAAAAAAUCUCAUUGUUAAUAUCGAACGCAGUGCUAAAUUAUACUUUGUUGAAACAAUUCUCUCAAUCUACUAGUGAAGUAAGUAACAAAAAAUUGAAAAGUCAAGAAAACCAACAAAAAUAUAAACCAAGUGAGAUCAGGACUAAGAAGGGAGAGGAAGAAGUGAUGCAAAUAUACAACGACAUCUUGUUGGCAGCAGUAUUUUUAGGUUUCGUUUUUGUUUAGAUCUGAAUGAAUGAAAAGCAACAAAUCAUCUGUAACAGCAUUGGAAAUUGAUUGAUUACCCUUAAUAGAACAAACGUGAUAACGAGAGAGGACGAUGAUGGUCGAAUUGCACGAAGAUGAACGCCGGAUGGUGAACGAAAACAUUUAGAUCGGAUUGAGAUUGCAAAUAAAAUUCUUAAGAUAGCAAGCGUG